AUCACUGUCCCUUGUCCACAUGCCAAAUAAAUAGAAAAUCUUUUAUUUAUGUAUAAUUUUGAAGUGGUACAUAUUUUAUAGAGUAAACAUGAAAUUUUUCAUAAUAAUAUAUAUUUACUCCCAAAUAACUGCUGUAGUAUAUAGUUGGGAUAACGAUGAAUUAGAAAUUUUUGAUCUAGUAGAAGAAAUCAAUAGAAAUUUUUAUGAUAUGCUAGGAUUGGAACAGGAUGCAAGCGCACAACAAAUUAAAAAAGCAUUUCGUAAUUUGUCUGUUAUGUUACAUCCAGACAAAAAUAAGGCUUCAGACGCGAAUAUUCAAUUCAGGAAUAUUGUAGCCAUAUACGAAGUACUAAAAGAUUCUUCCAAAAGGGAAAAAUAUGACAAAGUAUUGAAAGAAGGUCUUCCAAACUGGAAAUCUGCUUUAUUCUAUUAUAGAAGAGUAAGAAAAUUAGGUCUAGCAGAAGGUACCUUAAUAGUUUUUAUCGUAUUUUCAAUUGGCCAAUAUCUAUAUGCUUGGGCUUCUUUCUUGGAAAAAAAAUAUACAGCAGAACAAAUUUUAGAAUCAAAAUUGAAAAAGGUCCCUAAAAAAAAGAAGAAUGAAGUUAUAGAAAUCAUGUUUGACGAUAUUUCAUCUCCAAAUAUCUGUAAUACACUGCCUUUUCAAAUACCACUAUUUAUAUGGAACGCUCCACGAAAAAUUAAAAAUGCAUAUAAAGAAUAUGCCGAAUUCCGUCACCAGGAAAUAAAACAGAAGAAAAGGGAAGAAGAGGAAGCUAAAAUAAUUGAUAUGCAAAAGACACAGUUAUAUGAAGAAAAAUUAAAGUUAAAAGAAUUAAGAAAACGUAAAGUUAUUGAAAGACCCCCUGAAAAAAGUGAUGCCGACUUAGAAGGCUACUCACAGCUUAAGAAACGAGAUUUAAAUCUUGGUGACAUUGUUAAACCAGUAAAUGAAAAGGUGCAAAUCAGCGGAGGAUUUUGGACAGAUGACGAUAUUGCGCAAUUAGUUAGUUUAGUGAAAAAAUACUCUUCUGGGGUUCCGCGAAGAUGGGAAACAAUAUCUGAAAUAAUGGGCCGUUCAAUUUCCGAAAUAACAUUUAUGUCCGCAAAAUUGAAAGAAAACAGCUAUAAAUCUUCAAUUAAUUCAAUUGAUAUGGCAACACCGAAUAUGGGGGAAAUUCCGAUAAUACCACUCGAAGGCAAAAAAACUGGAAAUGGAAAUAUAUUUGUACCACAAAAAGAUUGGUCACAAACUCAACAAAAAGCCUUAGAAGAUGCAAUUACUUUGUAUAAAAAUUAUCCACAAACUGAAAAGUGGAUCAGAAUAGCGGAAUACGUUCCCGAUAAAACAAAAGAUGAAUGUCAGUCACGCUAUAAAUUUUUAGUACAAUUAGUUAAAACUACAAAAAGUAGUAAAGACAAUGAUGGUAAUAAAUUAAAACAGAAUAAUGGUACACAAAGUGAUAGCGCUGAAAAUUCAGAAAAUUCUGAUCAUCUACAGGGUAAUGAUUGUCUUGAUAACACAAAGACUUUAAUUGAAAAGAAAUAUGGUGGAAAAAAAAGAAACUUGCGGAAGCAAAGGAAAAAAAUUGAUGCUGAACUAUACGAAGACAGUGACAUCUCAUGUUGAAAUACAUGUUUAAAUUUUUGUAAAAAAUAUAAAGAUUAAAUAAGAUCGAAUUUCAAUAUUAAACUGCAUUUAAUGUUGUUA